AUGAAGCUGCUAUACUUUUUUAUUUAUUUAAAUUUGAUUACUGAUUUAAGUGGAGAAAAGCAACAAGGGCAAAAUUCUUUUCUACCUAAGUAUUCUAUGCCAAAUUCAAUGUUCGUGUCAGAUAGUCCUGUUUAUUUACCACCAGAAUUCUAUAAAUCUAACUCACAGUUAUCUCAAAAUAAUUUGAAUAAAGUCCAAUUUAAACUGCCCUCGUCAUAUAUCACAAACAUACCAAAUGUUUAUACUACUCCAUAUGGGAUCAUAUUAACUUCUACGAUGAAUUAUGAUGAUAAAUUUGAUAUCGACAACGCUAAAGAAGGUGUUAAAAUUAAUAUUUCGUCGCCAAUGCUUUCUUCCCAAUUUUUAGAUGACCAAACUAACAAAUCAAAUUAUAUACAAGAAGCAGAGAAAAGGACAGUUAAAGACAUUCCAAGUGUGAUGAAUUUCAAUCAUCCAGUUGAAGUCAGAAUUGAUACGAAACUGCCAAGACAAUUCUCGAUAUUUAAAGAAUCCACAAGCCUGCAAAAUCAAAAGCCAGCUAGUCGAAGCGUGUCAGUCUCAGCAGAAAACGGAAUAAACCAAGAACUUGAACAAAAGGCAUCAUAUCGUAAUGAACACUUUGUUUCACCUCCAAACUCCAAAUUUUUACAUUCCACGACGGAAACAGCAAUACCUAUACUUCGACUAUCCAACGAGAUGGAUUUAGAUGGAAGCUUCAGUUAUGAGGCCUUAGGAGCUGAUCAAACUCACUAUGUACAGCACAGCCGUAUGGAAAAUUUAGGUACAGACAAAGAGGCUCAAAUAGUUGAAGGUUCAUAUUCAUAUGUUGGCGAUAAUGGACACACAUAUACUGUGCAUUAUAUUGCUGAUUCGAAUGGAUUUCGAGCUACUGGUGAUCACUUGCCAGUAGCACCGCCGAUUCCAGAGAUAAUACAAAGAUCAAUUCAAUAUAAUCUUGCAGAAGAAGCCAAAAACCCGCCAUCCCUUAACGAUUUUAAUGAUUAUGGAAGCGAUAACACUGAAAAAAACAGUGAAAACAACCAAAGAGCUUCCUUAUCAUCGCAAAGGAACUUAUUCACUGGACGGACCCCAGAAGCUUUUUCAUUGGGGAAUUCUCAAGGACUGAAUUCUCAAAACAACUUAACAUCUGUCGCAAGUUUUAAUGAGCCUUUAAAAGCAGACUUUGAUUUUUCUGAAGAGAAAAUAAAAAGAAAUUUUAAUAAUGAUCUGUUGGAACCCCAAAUUACUUUUCUAGCUUCACAAGGCGCUCAUUCACCUUCUUUAAAUACACCUCAAAAAUCAACAAUGCCACAGUUGAUAAAUUACGAGGCAAGACAAAAUGAAUCUGAACAGGAACAUGCUAAAGCUUUAUGGAGAGGGCCAUAUGAUUUAAAUAGUAAUAUCGGUAGUCAAAAUCCAUCCAAAGACUCAAUAUCAAGGUCUUCCGGUGAAGGAGAGGAUAUAAUAAUUGACUUUAGUGAUAUGACACCAGAGCAAUACACAACAAUGAUAAGGAACCAACUAACACAAAGUUCACAAACUGAUUCAAAUAAUGACCUAAUUACCAAACGACAAUCAGAAAAUGCAUAUGAUUAUUAUAAUAAUAAUGUAUCUGACGACAGUUUAAAAUUAAACAACAAUAAUAUCGAGAAUAACAACUAUAAUAGUAAUAAUUAUAAUUAUUUAUCGACUUUGCAACCGGAUAACAAAAUCAUAUUAAGUACCCCCAAUCAAUCCCGAACACAAUCAGAUAUUAAUAAGGAUGUGCAUCAUCCUUACUAUAGUGAAAAACAUUACGCCGAUCUAACGACCAAAUCUACAGAAAAAGUAUUUGUAUCAAAUGAUCCUAUUAGAUACAUAACACCUACACCUGAAUCUAUGCCUCAAGCAAUUGAUUUUUUAAACACUUCUUUUGAACCGAAAAAGUAUGUGUUAUUCACCAGUAAUAAAACGAAAGAUAAUACACAUUUAGAAAAUAAAUAUGUUCCAUCCACUACUUUUAAAUCUUAUGCUAACUUUUCGAAUUAUAAUGAAAGAAACAAUAAAUUAAAAGAAAGUUCUAUUAAUGAAAUACGAGCUACGAAUAAUAUAAUGCCCACAGAUUAUAAUAAUUUAAUUAAAUAUAAAGAAUUCAAGCCAUUAUUAGAUACACACAACCAGGAUAAGACAAUACAGCAGAAGAAAAAGGAACAAGAAGCUACUAAUCUUGAAAGUAAUAUAUAUGAUGAAAUAAGAAACAAUAUUUUCCUUAAAAAUCUUUUUAAGUCAGAGAGCAAUAAUCCACAAAAAGGUGACAAUAAACAAUCACAACCUGACAUCAAUACAAAAAUUGCAUCAUACGCAAACACACCUAAUUCACCAAAAUUUGUUAAUGAAUUGAAAUUUUAUAAUGAACAGCUUGUUAAGAACAAGCCAUUUGACAUAUCCGACGUUCUUAACUUUAUGUCCAAUAAAAAUAUCUUCGAAUCAAAUAAAUUAAAAAAUAUAAUGCUUGGGAAUCAUGGAAAUGUGAAUGACGAUGAAAAUAAGAGUCCGAGAGCGUGGCCACAAGACGUGAUUGGCAAGAAGGUGGUAAAGGCGUUGUAUUAUGAUAAAAAUCCGUGA